AUGAAUAUAAGAAGAUUUCGGUUUAUAUUACAAUGUUUGAUAUUUGAUGACGUUAAUUCUAGAAAUACUCGAAUAAAAACCGAUAGAUUAGCUCCUGUAAGAAACAUUUUUGACGGCUUUGUUGAUCGUUGUCAAAAAUAUUAUACAGUUGGUGAAUAUGUAACAGUUGAUGAAAUGCUCGAGUCGUUCAGAGGAAAAUGUAGGUUUCGUCAAUAUAUUGCAAAUAAACCAGCGAAAUAUGGUAUAAAAAUAUUCUCGUUAGUUGAUAGUCGUACUUUUUAUACCCUAAAUAUGGAAAUUUAUUGUGGACAGCAGGAAGAAGGACCAUAUAAAGUUGUAAAUAGUGGGAAAGAAAUUGUAUUGCAACUCAUAAAACCAAUUUCAAAAACAGGGAGAAAUGUCACAUGUGAUAAUUGGUUUACUUCAGUACCACUAGCUACUGAAUUACUGAAAAAAUACAGAAUAACCAUGGUAGGGACUAUAAGAAAAAACAAAAGGGAAAUACCUACAAAUUUUUGUAAUACACGUGGUAAAAUUAUACAGUCGAAUAUGUUUGGAUUUACUAAAGACAUGACACUAGUUUUCCACGUGCCCAAAAAAAGUAAAAUUGUGUUAUUGCUGUCUACGAUGCACCACGAUAAUGCCAUAGAUUCCAAUAAUAAACCUGAAAUUAUUACAUUUUAUAACAUGACAAAAGGUGGUGUAGAUGUAGUUGAUGAGCUAAAAGGAAACUAUUCAGUUGCGAGAAUAAGCCGUCGUUGGCCUCUUACAAUUUUUUACAGUCUUUUGAAUAUCGCAGGAAUUAAUAGCCAACUUAUAUACAAAGCGAACAAUAAUUGUAAUAUAAAUAGACGUGAGUUCUUACAAACACUUGGUACGCAACUUACAAUGGGCUACUUACAACAACGUACAAAUAUCAAGACAUUACCAAUAGAGGUAAAACGAAAAAUUGCUUCAAUUUUGGGUGAAAAAUACAUAGAACAACCUAACGCUGGACCAACUCGUGAAGGAAGAUGUUACUACUGUGAUCGAAAAAAAAAUAGAAAAACAAAAACGCAAUGUAAAAACUGUGAAAAUUAUAUUUGUAAGGAACAUACCGUAACGUAUUGCCAGAAAUGUUGCGAAGAUGCACAACAUUCAUCAGAUAAUUCAGAAUAUUAA